AGUUUGAUUUUGUUGACAGUUCCGAUCGUUCAGACUUCGAUGCGCCCAAGAAUGUUUAACUACCAGAGAGCGCUCACUUUCACUCCAACUACAUAAGGUCUGUGCUUCCUCAGGAUUCAGGCAAAUAUCCCUCAUCUGUCACUAUAUCCCCGGAAGAUCUUGUUGGAGUUGUUUCGCCAAGUACGACGCGCUGGCACAGUGGACAUCCAGGCGUCGUCUACGCAAUGGCGGGAGAAUUGAAAUCCAGCAUGAGCAACAGACGCAAGGCAUCUGGCCUUUUCACCUUCGGUAUUGUUGCCGGCUUCCUUCCAUCCGAAAAACAUCUGUGGUCUGACGGUGAUAAUCUUGUCACAUUCUUCCCCGAGCAUUUAAAUCUUACCGUGCCCAUCAUUCUCUACGGUGUCCCGUAUCACGAAGCCUAUGUUAGCCUCAACGGAAUUGUUACUCUGGGACCCGUUUGUCGGGAACAGCCUCGUAAUCCAGAAAACCCGGACACAAAUGUCCCGUUGUUUAAUGCCGACCAGUUUCCAUUCAAGUAUCCUGCAAUUGCACCGUUUUAUGCUCACAUCGACAACGAAAACGAAGGAUUAAUAUAUUUCCGAGAAUCCAAACGGGCUGAGCUGGUCGCGAGGGCUGAUGAGCUGAUUCACCAGUCUUAUCCAGAUCAAGCAGAUACAUUCCGAUCCCAAUCUGUUUUUCUUGCCACCUGGCACGAAGUUUUAGGGUACGGGAAUUCUGCGGAUGUGGAUAAUUCCUUUCAGUUAGCUUUGGCAUCGAACGGGCAAGAAAGCUACGCGAUUUUUCUUUACCCGCAAGCAGGGAUUGAAUGGACACAGUUCUCCAGUCAGCCAACGGAAAACGUUGCACAACCACGGUAUUUAUUUGCACAAGCAGGUUACACCGACGGCAAAACGGGAGUUACAACACUGCCUGGCUCAGGAACUGACUGCAUGCGUGAUCUACCAAAAAACCGGUAUCCGGAGAGUGCACCUCUUGGAGUUUACGUUUAUUGCAUAAGCAAAGUGACAAGUUCUUAGUUGUUCUUUUGUACACAACGAAUUACCUUUCGGACGUUGUGACUCAGCGGUUUUUGUCACCCGAAAGAUUUAUGGUUUUUACGAAGUCCGACAUUUUUCUUGCAUUUUUCUUAACGAAUUCGUAUCUUGCCCACUUUCUUUGUGCUCUUUCCUUGUUAAGUCUGCACUACGCGAAUACGAAAGCUAGAUCAAAAGUACGAUAUAUAGUGCCA